AUAAAUAUUUCAAUUUUGAUAAUAAACAAACUGCGAAGAGUGAUAAAAAGAAACAACAGAAGCAAAUCUUACUAGCGGUAUUACUAGUAGGUUUGGGUUAUUACUUUUUCAUUUAUUUACCGGAAAACCAAAAACAGCAAGAAAAUGAAAAUUCACAAAGUGAUAAUGCUAAAUCGCUUGAAGAAUUAGAAAAAGAAUUACAAGAGGAUGCUAAACUAAAAGCAGACAAAGAAGUUAAAAAAAUUGCUAGCACUUUAAUUAAGAAGUAUCAAGAGGAAGCUUCUAUUUUUCCUGAUGGUGAUCGGAAUGAAAAAUUUUAUUUUUCUCGUGCUGCAAGUUAUAACAUUCAUUUUCCGUUUGCUUUGCGAGAACAUUAUAUCAAAGGAAAAGAAGCUGAACAAGAAAACUUUGAAUACAAUCCAAUUCGUGGUGAAACCGAUAAAAACAAAAGAGAUAACAAUGCUAUUUUUUAUGGAGCACCAGGAACAGGAAAGACUAGAACUAUACAAAACAUUUGUUAUACAGCUAAUCGUUAUCCCUUAGUAGAAAUUAAAGGUUCGGCAUUAACACCCACUAAGGAAGACCAAGAUUCUAAAUUAUUACCUUUAAAAAAAUUUGUUUAUACAAUUAAUGAAGCUGAUCAGAUAAGCAACAACGCUUUAACUCAUGAUCCAACUAAACUAAGAUUUUUGAAAGAGUGCUUAGAAGGAGUAGAUCAAUCUGCGAGAAGAGAAUUUAAAAAGUAUGCCGAACAAUUUGGAAUCAUUAAUCAAUUUCCACAGCGUUGGAUAGAUACCACAGUAUUAAAUAUUGAAGACAAUAAAUGA